AAAGAUGAAAAGAGAGGGAAAGGAAAGGAGGGAUAAAACGAAAAUGGGGAGAGGGAAGAAGAAAGCGGUGGGAAGCUCCGAGCCUGAAACAGCGGCGCUUCCAAUCCCUGAUUUCACUCAAUCUACUCAUCUUAAUGGCGAUUCAGGCCCUUCCAUCUCUAACAACAAUGGUAAUGAACCCAUAAUUCCAUCUCCAUAUCCACCUUCUUCACUUCAGAACAGUUCUGUGCAAAUUCCACUGCCUACCGACGACGCCGGAGAAGUCAACGCAGAAGAUAAUGCUGUACCUGAUGUCUCUGCUUCUCACCGAACUAACCUCGAUGAAGGCUUCUUCGAAGUCGAAGCUAUUCGGCGGAAAAGAGUCCGUAAGGGACAGCUUCAGUACCUCGUCAAAUGGCGUGGUUGGCCAGAGACAGAAAAUACAUGGGAACCCUUGGACAAUCUCCAAGCAUGCUCUGAAUUUAUUGAUGAAUUUGAAGAAAGCUUUUGUAGGUCGCGAUCAGGAAAGCAGCGCAAGCGCAAGCGCAAGGAUGGAGACAUUGAAAAUCAACCUCGUGAGGAAAAACAGCUUCAAAUGUUAGCUAUUGAUAAUGUCACGGAUGUAGUUAUCGGUACUGUGGAUGAUCGUCUAUCGGCCGCUCCUUUAAACGGGAAACGUGAUUGUGAUCUUCCUAUUCCUCAAGCACCAGUGGACUCUACUCAUGAAGGAGAGUUUGGAAGCCACCUUAAUCAUACCAAAACUACUCGAACAAUUGAUGUUGAGAAUGGACAUGUGGAUGGGAAAUUUGAUGGAAGUAGAAAGAGAGACGAAUAUGAUCUGAAACUUGUUGAGCUCAAGGCAGCAAUAUCUGCCAAUAUGGUUGAUUCCGAUAAAAAAGCAGUGGCUUCUAACGAUCUUACCCUUGUUUAUGAUGUUUCCAAGGCCGAUUGCGUGGUGGGUUCUGCUCAGGAAAGUCACUCCAUUGGAGCCAAGAGAAGGAAGUCUAGUAGGGUGAAAAGGUUCACAAAGGAUUCAGCCUUGUCUGAAGAAUCUGAACAAGAAUUAAAACAAAAUGCAGCAACUGUAAGCAUUGAGCCUACUGAUCGCAGCAAACAAUUUGGACCCGAGAAUCCUAGUUUGUCAGGCCACUCCAGAAAUGUGCCUACCAUCACAAGGAUAAUCAAGCCUGUUGGUUAUUCAGUUUCAGUAUUAAAUAACAUCCCAGAUGUAAUCGUAACCUUCUUGGCUGUGAGGUCGGAUGGAAAAGAAGUGACGGUGAAUAACAAAUUCCUUAAGACUAACAAUCCACAUCUGUUGAUUAACUACUAUGAGCAACAUCUCCGAUAUAAUCCAACAUUAUGAAAGAUCUGCACGUGUGUCUGGCCACCAUCAUCAUCUUCAUGGUUUACAAGCUGUAAUUUUGUAGUUUUAGGAGAUUCUGUGGUAUACAAUACGACUUCUUGGUAAAUUUUCAAGAACUGUGUCAAGAGGAGAUCAGAACAUUUUCUUGCUCCGUUUACUUUUUAUAUGGGGAUGAAUGGAAAUUAUAUUCUUUACUAAAAAAAAUGUAUCUCCAAGGGCAAGAGACUGUUUGCUAAAUAAUCUUGUAGGAAAUUGUCAUCCUUUUUUAUGUCCAACGGGAAGCUUUUACAGGUCUUUUCCAGUGUUGCAGAUUACUAUUCAAGUGAUCUGAUCUGCUAUCCAGAUGCUGAGUGUUCAAUGAGCUACUGUAUGUUUAUUUAUCAGGUUCCUUCUUGAUCUUCGUCUAUAUAUUUUAUCAUGUCAAAUAGAAUAAAGUACAGAUAUUGGACGCUUCUGGACAUCCAACUGCUCCCGCAAAUGAAAAAUCUGAACCUCCUGAUUUUGGCAUAUUAUUUAUCUGUAGCCCACCUAUGAUGUCAUUCAAACACAUUUUCAUUUAUCUAAAUGUCAUUAUCAAAUUUCAUUUAAUAUUAACACAAUGUAAAAAUAAUCAGGUGCCUUUCUUAUGGUACCUGAUUAUCCAUCCUACUUAGCAUAGACUAGACCAUGACCCACAAAGAUACAUUGGCUCCUUUCUAUUGCUUUCAAUUCAUAAGUAAUUAGUUACUCAUUCAGCUUUAUACAGUUUGCUCAGGUUGGCAUCCAAUCCUACCUAUAUUGUCUUUAAGACCUGAUUAAAAAAAAUUGAAAUUCUUGAGUCUGUCAUUGAUCAACUAAUAUUUUGACCCUCUUAAAAGCAUGGAAAAGGGGUCAAGCUUUUCCAAAGUCACUCCUACCACCAACAAACAGCCUUUUCCCCUUCAAUAUCACUCUUUUGCAACCCAGGUUCUGAUUCAGAGAGAGGUAAUGGGAUAUACUACGGCAGGACCAUCACCUGUUGUACCUUGUAUCAUAGUUGGAUUUCUGGGGAUGAUAAUAUUUUGGCCAACUCUUCAAUCCAUCUGGGAUAGUAUAGAGUCUCUACUUGAACUGGGCAUUUGGGUUGCAGUGAUUCUUCUUUUCCUCUUACUGCUUGUACAUUUGCUAUCUAUUUUCUUUCCUGUUCUUCAUGUCUCAUCCACUUUUGCAGUUCAGCAUUCCAGCAGCUCUGGCUACGAUGCUGAUGGAUUCGGUUUCGGGUCAGGAGCAUUGUUUCUAGGUCUUCUCUUCCUUGUCCUCUAUAAUCUGUUGUAAUCUUGUCCUAGGAAUGGUAAACUGUAGCUUUUUCUUAGCACUUCCACAUGUUUGCUCUUGCAUAUAUAUUCAGUCACCCAUCUCUCUUGCUUGUGGGCAAAGUGACUUGCUUUGACCAACAAGAGAACAAGCCCUGUUCAUGGAGGCUACUAAUUUAUUUGAAUGAAAAUUUAAACACUC